UUUACUCAAUUACCUUCUCUCUUAUAACUUUUACACCCCCCCAAUGAUGCAAACUUGAUAAUUACUCUUAUUAAGGAUUUAAGGGAGCCUGCUCUGUUUUUACUCAAAUUAUGUUCAUUUCAUGUUGUUAGCAGAUUCUAUGGCCUUGAACUGCUUCUGGGUCACCUUGUUUUUGUUCUUUGGCUUUUUGGGUGUUGUUUUCUGUGAGCAAGAUGGUUUCUUGAGCUUAUCAUGUGGUGGAGCAAGGAAUUAUGUUGAUUCAUCUAAUAUAACAUGGGUCUCAGAUGAUACAUACAUAAACACAGGCAAUAUAACUACCAUUAACUAUGUUGAGGAUUCUGGUACUUAUUCAUCAAAUGUUCCACUUCGGUUUUUCCCCGAAUCUCAACGUCGUAAUUGCUAUAAAUUACCAGUGGAAAAUACAUCAUCCAUGGUUCUUGUGAGAGCUCAAUUUAUGUAUAAGAACUAUGAUAGACAUUGGAAACCUCCAGCUUUCUUAGUUUCUCUUGGGACAGCUAUAACUAGUACUGUGAACUUAACUAACAAAGAUCCUUGGAUUGAAGAAUUCAUAUGGCCAGUGAGUAAGGCCACACUGUCAUUUUGUUUGAAUGCUAUUCCGAGCAGUGGAUCGCCAGUUAUUUCUUCUCUUGAAGUUCGACCACUUCCUCGAGGGGCUUACCGUAGUGGCAUGGGAGGUUUCUCAAAUAAGUCACUUCGUAAGCGGUAUCGAAUCAAUAGUGGUUAUACCAAUGGAUCAUUGAGGUACCCUGCAGAUCCGUUUGACCGCAUUUGGGAUGCUGAUCGAAGUUACACACCAGCUCAUCUCUCACCAGCCUUCCACAUUCCUCUUGGCUUGAAUUUAUCAAGCCUAAAGGAGAGCCCUCCUUUGGAUGUGUUGCAGACUGCUAGAGUUCUGGCUCGGGACGACUUCUUACAUUACAACCUACCUCUAGAUACAUUCGGGGACUACUAUAUUGUCCUCUAUUUUGCAGACAUUCUUCCAGUUUCUGCUUCUUUCGAUAUAUUAAUCAAUGGGGUCGUUCAGCAAUCCAAUUUCACUAUAACAACCUCAGAAACCAGUACUCUAUAUUUCACACAAAAGCGAAUCACAAGUCUGGAUAUUGCAUUUAGGAGAAUCAGAUUCUACCCUCAAAUCAGUGCAUUUGAGGUCUAUGAAAUUGUUGAUAUUCCACCAGAGGCUUCUUCAACUACAGUUUCAGCACUUCAAGUUAUCGAGCAGUCUACUGGUUUCGAUCUCGGAUGGCAAGAUGAUCCAUGCUUACCAACUCCAUGGAAUCAUAUUGAAUGUGAAGGAAGUACAGUGACAUCAUUGGACCUUUCAGACACCAACUUGAGAUCAAUUAGUCCAACAUUUGGUGACUUGCUGGAUCUUAAAAUACUGGAUUUGCAUAACACAUCACUUUCAGGAGCAAUAGAAAAUCUGGACAGCCUGCAAUACCUCGAGAAAUUGAACCUGAGUUUCAAUCAGUUAACAUCCUUUGGUUCUGAUUUAGACAGCUUGGUUAACCUUAAAAUUUUGGACUUGCAUAAUAACAGUUUACAGGGAAUAGUACCAGCCAGCUUGGGAGAGUUGGAGAAUCUACAUUUGCUGAACCUGGAGAAUAAUAAACUGCAAGGCACCCUACCCCCAUCUUUGAACAGAGAAAGCUUGGAAGUUAGAACAUUAGGGAAUUUAUGCCUUUCCUUUUCAACAAUGGCAUGCAACGAAGCCACAUCGAAUGAGACACCAAAAGUUACUGUUAUUACAAAUAGGAAGCACACUCCACAUACGCGUUUAGCCAUUAUACUCGGAGCAGCUGGAGGAGCCGUAUUUGCUCUACUCCUCAUUUCUCGUUCAGUAUUUUUGUAUAUAAAUAAACGGGAAACUGAAGCCGCAGAUACUACAAGUGCACCUAUUGAUAUGCGAAACUGGAAUGCUGCAAGAAUAUUUUCUUACAAAGAAAUAAAAGCAGCUACAAACAACUUUAAGGAAGUCAUAGGCAAAGGUGGUUUCGGAUCUGUUUACCUUGGAAAGCUAUCAGAUGGCAAACUGGUAGCAGUAAAAGUGCGAUCUGAUCGAACUCAAUUGGGUGCCGACUCUUUUAUUAACGAGGUUCAUCUGUUAUCGAAAAUUCGACAUCAAAAUCUUGUAUGCUUGGAAGGAUUUUGUUAUGAAUCAAAGAAGCAGAUACUAGUGUAUGAGUAUCUACCUGGUGGAUCACUGGCUGAUUACUUACAUGGUCCAAAUAGUCAAAAGUUUUCUUUAAGCUGGGUUCGGAGACUGAAAAUAGCUGUUGAUGCUGCAAAAGGGCUGGACUACUUGCAUAACGGGAGCGAUCCAAGAAUAAUACACCGCGAUGUCAAGUGCAGUAACAUCCUUUUGGACGCUCAAAUGAAUGCCAAGGUCUGUGAUUUUGGCCUCUCUAAGCAAGUAACUCAAUCCGACGCAACUCAUGUCACAACCGCUGUCAAAGGCACUGCAGGCUAUCUAGAUCCUGAGUACUAUUCCACUAAACAGCUGACUGAGAAAAGUGAUGUAUACAGUUUCGGUGUUGUUCUUUUGGAGCUCAUAUGUGGAAGAGAACCACUGAAUCACUCCGGAUCCCCGGAUUCCUUCAAUUUAGUGCUAUGGGCAAAGCCCUACUUACAGGCAAGUGCAUUUGAGAUAGUAGAUGAUAGCUUAAAGGGAACCUUCGAGGCGGAAAGCAUGAGAAGAGCAGCCUUAGUCGCUGUAAAAUCCGUCGAUAGAGAUGCAUCCUUGAGACCAACCAUUGCAGAGGUUUUAGCAGAGCUGAAAGAUGCAUACAGUAUCCAGCUCUCAUAUCUUGCAUCUUUGGGACACUCAGGUUAAAACUAGCACAUAUGAAAUCAAAAAUAUAUAUUCUUUUCCUACUGAUGAUGUUACAAGAAGAUUUGGUUUUUGGCUAGGAGAGGCAUAAUUGUUUCAAGACGAGGCCUUUAUUUCAGAGAAAUGAACAUUAAGUUAUUGAGCAUUGCAUGAGGUUUA